CAUAUUAGCCUGUACGUGAAAAGGAGGCAGCUCAAGGGCGUAAAAAAGAGGAAACAAAAAAUCCCCAUAGGAGGCGCAACGGCGCUGCUCCCGCAAACGGUGUUCAGUUGAAGAUUUCAAAAUACAGUGGCCGGCGUCAUCGGGAGCAUGGAGUUGGUCCUUGUGCUUGGUGAUCUUCACAUUCCCCACCGGGUCAGCUCGCUCCCGGCCAAGUUCAAGAAGCUCCUGGUUCCUGGACGUAUUCAGCACAUCCUUUGUACAGGCAACUUGUGUACCAAAGAGAGCUAUGACUACUUGAAGACCUUGGCAGCUGAUGUUCACGUUGUGCGUGGGGACUUUGAUGAGACAAGUUACCCUGAGCAAAAAGUGGUGACAGUUGGACAGUUCCGGAUUGGUAUGUGUCAUGGUCAUCAGGUGGUGCCGUGGGGGGACCCUGCUGCACUCUCUCUCAUAGCAAGACAGUUAGAUGCUGACAUCCUCAUCUCUGGUCACACUCACAAGUUUGAAGCAUUUGAAGCAGAAUCGAGAUUUUUCAUCAACCCGGGUUCAGUAACUGGAUCAUACAGUGCACUUGAUGGAGACAUCAUUCCCUCCUUCGUGCUGAUGGACAUACAGAGCUCCACGGUAGUGACCUAUGUGUACCAGCUGGUUGGUGAUGAAGUCAAGGUAGAGAGAAUAGAGUACAAGAAGGCUAACUGAUUGUAUAGAAGGUAGUAAUGGGAGCCAGCGUUGCCAAAUUAUCGUACUCAUCGGAUUGUAUUUUCGUAGUUUCUGACCGAUAACUAUAGCAAAAAAGCACAAAGAAACGUCAAUAAUUAAGAGUUUUAACACUAACUUCAAUUUUCGAUCGUCAUUUGUGUAGGAACGAGAGUUUGAGGCUUAAAAAUGGAUGAAUACAAUAUGCUGAAUACGAUAAUCUUGCAACACUGGUGGGAGCAGUGAAUAUGAGUGGAAAUGAAAUUAAGUUAUAUAGAGCAGUGUUUCCUGACCAUGGGAGAAUAUCAAGGGGUCCAUAGAGAUUAUAAUUACUUUAAAAUUUAUUAUACUGGAAUUAGGAGACAUGCCGCUCGGAAUAUAAUUCAUAACUUCUGUACACAAUCCUUAAAACUGUAUGCUUAAGGGGUUACUAUUACACCGGGCAAAUUUUCCGUGGAUCUUCAGUCAAACCACGAUUUCCGCUGGCGUGGUUCUCAUUUGUUUCUUGUCAUUGCUGCUGCUGAUGAUGAUGGUGAGUAAUAUCAUCGUCCUUUGGAAGAUCGUGGACACGUCAGAAAACCACGGAAAUAUGAGAACCACGCCAGCGGAAAUCGUGGUUUGACGGAAGAUCCACGGAAAAUUUGCCCAGCGUGAUAGCCCCAUUAAAUGCUAAAAUUGCUCUACAUUAGCUAAUGGAAAAAUCUUCUGUUAAUUUUGCUGGCUAAAGCUAUUUCACUGUAGGGGUCCACAGGUGAAAAGUGUCUGGAAAAGGGGGAACGGGACAAGAAACGGGAACCACUGAUAUAGAGGAUAGUUGAUUAUAUCUGAUUGUUUAUUGAAAUUUGAAGGGCCUUUAAUGUGUGUAUAGUGCAUGUUCAUUUUGACCAAUAUGGCUAUUAAGAUUAUGUGGACCAUGUCAGCAGUACUUCCCAUAUUUUUUGCAGACUUGUUAUUUGUUAAUCUUCACAUUAAAGUAAACUACUUUAACUGUAAUCUUAGUAAAUUAAUCCAUUAUUAUUUAGGUACAGCAGGUGUGGUUGAUAUAUGCACUUUUACUUACCUUGAACUAAACUCGGUACAAUAGGAGGCUCAGAAACAAAGAAAACACUUUUUAUUUACUUUCUAGUACAGGUAUCUCUCGAUUUACGCGAGUAUUGUGUUCUUGAAGAGGUCGUGUAAAUCAAAAACAAUGUAAAUCAAACAAGAGGUAGGUUUGUACCUCUAUUGCCUACUGUAUCACUCUGACUCCUCUCCCUCUCGUGGUUCCUCCUCUGGCUGCCCUUCCCCUCGUGGUAGCACAGCAGCGAGGGUGUUGUUGUUGUUGAGUAGCGUGGCAGCGUGGGUACUGUAUUGUUGUUCAAGUGGCGCGCGGGAAGAACUGAGCUCAGCUGUGUGGCCGUGUGAGUCCAGUUGCAUGAGACAUCUGGUGGCCACUCCAUAAAAUAUCGCAUACAAGUGAAAAAAACGUGUAAAUUAAACAUUUAUUUGGAUUUUGGACCACGCGUUAUUUCAAAAACGCGUAAACCAAACUCGCGUAAAUUGAGUUACCUGUACUAGAGUCUGGAGGUGAGUUUGAGCCAUGGAGUCCCACAGUUGCAUCCUUGAGCUUCAGCACUGAGAAGACAUCGUAGUUCUGCAACCCAGACUUGAUCUUUCCCCAGAGGUUUUCUAUAGGGUUGAUAUCGGGUGAGUUGCCAGGCCAGGGGUUGAAGUAGCGAAUACUCCCAAAAUUGAGAGCAUCAAGGUGCCCCAUCCUGCAUGAAAAAAUCUGCCUGGUACGCCUCCAUCGACGCAUCAAGGUGGUCUAUCAGCAGGUCCAAGUAGUUGUGCUGAUUCAUUCUCGGGUUCUUUGGGAGGAAGACUAAGGGCUGCUUUAAUUCUUUUGCUGUAAGGGUCGGGCUGCACUCCACCUGGCUUCUGAUGGCAUUCAGGGUCCUCUUGGAAGCAGCCUUUUCUUCCCAGGCCUUUUCUUAUGGGUCGGGAGUGGACCGGAUCCUGCGUCACGUAUUCUUAGGGCCGCUUUCACAGUCACUUUGUUUGUUUUGAUUGUUACUAAUGGCGUCGAUCGCUGCUAUAGUAUUUCCAUGUAAAACUGUCCGAUGGGGUAGUGGCGGCUGCAGGGUUAGCCUCGCCCCGCACCUUGCCACACACUCUCAACACCCCUCGCUUCCUCUGCAGCUGCCACUACCCCACAGGCUAGUUUCACGAGGAAAACUAUAGCAUCGAUCGCCGCCAUUGGUAACGAUCAAAACAAACAAAAUUACUUUGAAAGCGGCCCUUAGUCCAUAGCUGGGCUGUAUGGACUGAAAUUCCUGUGUUCUCGGCAAUACACCGAUUAGGCUUUCCCUCCUUGUAUAGAGCAUGUAUGACCUCUAUCUGAGCCUUUUUGAGCUGCUUUCCCUUCAGCAUGGUUAGCGGUAGAGGGGUUGGAUGUAUAGCGUGCCUCGGAAAAAAAUUGUCGAGAGGAAGAACCACAGAGCGGCAAGCAUGUUCUUCUUGCCAAGGCACAAGGCACACUGAGCCGUCUACAGGAAUGGAGACUGAAGGGAAGACGUCACUGAGUUGCCAAGUAAAAGUGUUGCCGGAUCUCCCCAGAAUUAACACAAUGGCAGGGGCAUUUUAUUAAGUGCGGUUUUUAUACACGAUUCACCUGCCGUGCAUAUAUCAACCGCCUUCUGUACACAUUGUAGAUUCAUUUGUCUUAAGUUCUUUUGCAUUGUUUUAUGUUCAGAAGUGAUCAAAGGCAUUAUAGAGACUGCUUGUAUCUGUUAACAUUGUGGUUAUUGAUAAAAUAGCAUGGGUAAUAUAAUUUUGGUGAAGUUGUUAGACCUGUAAGUUAAGAGCAUGCAUUUGAAGAAAGAUCUGCUGUCAUACCUGUUGAUAUAUUUGUAACACACACACACACACACACACACACACACACACUCUCUCUCUCUCUCUCUCUCUCUCUCUCUCUCUCUCAUAUAAUUUCAUUUUGUAUUACUGAGAUAGAACCUGUUUUGCUAUUCAGAUGUCAAAUUAGUUAUAUAUUUGGUAACAAGAAUAUUCACUGUUCACAAGAAAAGAAAAGCCCCUAUAUGUAAGUUUGGGGAACAGGAAGAUAGUCAAAUAAUAUAUAAAAACAUUAGUUCCAGUGACCAAAAGAUAUAAUGUUUGUAGUAUACGGUUAAUCCUCGGAGUUCUAGACUAAUUGGGGGAAAUCCUAUUCAAAUUUGCCGAGUCUGUAAUUUCUAAUAAGUAUGUAUAUUAUAAUGGCAAAAAAUAGUGCCUGGCAAGAUUUACAAUUGUUAUACCAAAACCAACACAGCCUCUUCUGCGGCAGCUUGUCUGCUGUUGUGAGCAAAAUGUCUACUCUUGUUAAUGUAGCUGACAUUCCCAACCUCUUUGUCCAGCUAUAAUUAACUGACAUAAACUAGGCAUAUCACUCUAAUCUUUAAUCAACCCUAACCAUUUGGAUCCUGCCAUAACCUAACUUGGUAGUGUCUUUAUUAAAUGUUAACAUGCUACUGAAUAUAACACCUGUUCACUACCUCUGUAAAGAUAUUGUCUCUUGCCACUUUCAUGUGUUUAUAGAUUUUAUACCACUUCAACUCUGCAAUCUGAAUUUUAUUAACUAUUCCUCUCUGCGCCAUACUCAACGUAAACUUGACCCAGAGAAGAUCCAUAUUUGAACUUUUUAUUAGCUCAGGUUUAUGCAUCACACUUGAAAGUAGCUGCUCAAUUUUCUCACACACACCCUUGACAUCAUUUGGUUUUCACUUUUACUCCACAUUAACCCCAAAAUUUAACAAUUCCUCUCUGUGCCAUACUCAACGUAAACUUAACCCAGAGAAAAUCCAUAUUUGAACUUUUUAUUAGCUCAAGUUUAUGCAUCACACUUGAAAGUAGCUGCUCAAUUUUCUCACACACACCCUUGACAUCAUUUGGUUUUCACUUUUACUCCACAUUAACCCCUUCAACAAGAGGCCUCGUAUACUGCGUUCUUAUGUGCGCCAUACCAUAUCCGAGGACGUGCAUCAUGGCUCGCUUUAGCCAGUAUACAAGUUAUUUCAUCUCUGUAUAUUUAUGUUUACAUCUCAAAAUGAUCAAUUAACUUGUUUUCAUAUAUAAUACAUGAUGAUUAUGUUGAAUUUAUGGCUGAAAACUUGUUAUAUUCAAUAGCGACAUUUGAAAUUUGGUGCGCGCGGCGAUCCCAGAUACGGCGCGGGACGCUGUUUUGGCCCGGCCGUAGUGAAGGGGUUAACUAAAGAUAGAGAUUAAUAAAGAAAGAAAAUGUAAGGGAGUAUUCACCUUCCAACAUGCACAAAGAGACGGAGAAAUCACACACUACACUUCCAGAAUGUACGACAAACUUGUAAAUACACAGAAAAUUCCA